AUGUCUGAAGCUCCUGUUGCUCCAUUAACUGAAGCGGCUGCUGCUGUCGAGUCAUCUUCUGUUACAAAUACUCCUUCUGCCGCGGGUACUCCAGAACCUGGUACUGCGGUAAAGAAAGAAAAGAAGAAGAAAGAUAAGAAGAAGAAGGAGAAGAAGGAACCAAAGGAUAGUGAGGAGACUCCUUCUAGCAUUGAAGAUAGUGCAGAAAAAGAAAGAAAAAAAACUAAGAAAAAGGAUAAAAAACCUAAAGAAAAGAAGGAAAAGAAAAAGUCUUCUGAAGAAUCUGUUUCUGCUACUUCAGAUGUUUCUUCCAAUACAGAUCAAUCUUCUGUAAAUAAGGAAAAGAAAGAUAAGAAAGACAAGAAAGACAAGAAAGAGAAGAAAGACAAGAAAGAGAAUGAAGAGAAUGAAGAGAAUGAAGAGAAGGAAGAGAAGGAAGAGAAGGAAGAGAAGGAAGAGAAGGAAGAAAAAAAGGAUAAGAAGGAUAAGAAGGACAAGAAGGAUAAGAAGGAUAAGAAGGAAAAGAAGGAAAAGAAGGAAAAGAAGGAGAAGAAGGAAAGGAAGGAGAAGAAAGAAAAAAAAGAGAAGAAGGAAAAGAAAGAAAAAAAAUCUAAGUCUGAAUCUGAAACUUUUUCAUCUGCAGCUUCUGCCGCUGCUUUCAUUGACACCACUACUGACUCUACUAGUAACUCCAGUACCAAUACUGGAAUUAUUAUUCCAAAUGAAACUUUUGAUAUUGAAAAAGUAGUGCCAAAACCAGAAGCUUCAGCUGAAAUAUCUGAUGCUUACAGAGUUCAUGCUCGUCCAGAUUAUGGUACUAUUGGUACCAAAGUCGAUGUCUUAACUAAUCAUGUUUUAAUGUCUACUGGUGAUGAUGUUUUGGCAAAGCAAGGUGUCGUAGCUGAUGAUAAAAUUGACCCUUGGUGGAAGAAGGCUUGGGUUUAUACUUAUCGUAUCGAUUUCAAACCUCCUGAAAAAAAGAUACCACCUGGUAGGGGACCAAGAAGAGGUCCACCUCCACCACCACCAGAAUUAUCUAAGCCAAAAAGAUACCAACUGAUCGAAUCGCUGUUCCAUGAAGAUGAAACAUUAUUUAGAUACAAGGAUCGUAUUUCAUUCAAUGGUGAAGAUUCUCUAUGCUCGCAUGUUCCACUAGAGGAGUUUACUUUAUUUGAUGGUUGUUGGGAAGUUUCAAAUAAGCAACAAAAGAAGAAAACCGUUGCAAAGGAAGCUACUAGCGUUGCUUUAGAACCAGAAUUGGAAGAACUAGUUUCACAAAUCACUUUAAAAUUUACUGGUAAAGUCUGUCUACGUGAUAUUUACAAAGGUACUAUUGAACAAGAUACCGAUUUCCAAGAAACUAAGAUGUCUGCCCCAGAAAAGACUAUCCUAUUAAACUUAUUAGGUGCUAAAUUACUAGGUUGUAAUCCAAAUGUUUUCCAAUGCAACGGUAAUAAAUUUUUUAUCUUCAAUAAAAAUAGUAUAUGUGCUAGAUUUCAAGUAGGUGCUUAUUUAAUGCAUGGUGUUUCUAUUGCAUUAAGAAAUGUUUAUGGUGCUAUUACUUUGAAUACAAUCAAUUUCACCUUACCAUUUAUUAAACAUACGAAAUAUUUGCCAGGUGAUCCAAAAUUUAAAGAAGAUGAACCUGAAAUGUCAUUUACAGUCAUGGAUUGGAUCCUAGAAUGUUAUCAUACAAUUCAAGCUCAAAAGCAAAGACAUUAUAUCGCUAAAGGUGUUCCAAGCAUUAAAGAAUUGAACUUCUUCGUUGAAAAAAAUUUUGUUAUUAAAGAUUUAAUCAAAGGAUUGAAAGUGUACCGUCCAUAUAUUAAUUAUAGUAUUAAUCCAGAUGGUACUCCAAAGCCACCGAAGAAGAGACAAUCUAAAGGUUGUGCUGGUUUUGCUCGUGAAACUGCCGAUUCUUUAAAAUUCAAUACUACACCAAGUGGGAUGCAAAAGAAUGGCAUUCCAAAACAAGGUGAAAAGGAAAUUAAAGUUACUAUCACUGAAUAUUUCCAAAAGAAAUAUGACAUUAAAUUAAAAUAUCCAGGCUUCAAAUUGGUUACUUUAGGUUCUGAUCCUGUCCCUGCUGAAUGCUUGACUAUUGUCCCUGGCCAAAAAUUGAAGGGUCAAAUCUCAGAUGAUGUUGCUAUGAUUAACUUUGCUGCUAUUAGACCAGCGGAGAAAUUUAGGAUCAUUUCUGAUUUAGCUUUACCAAUGAUCAGAAAUGCUUUAACUGACAAAGAUACUGGCACAGCUCCUCACGACUCUCAAUUUAACUUUAUGAGGGUUCCAUCACGUAUCAUUGAUUCCCCUGUGAUUCAAUAUAAGAAAUCCAUCGUUGAAUAUGUUGACAAACCUUAUGGUACUACUGCCCAAUUUACUAAAGAAGGCCAUCAAGAAUUAAAAGGUAAUUGGAAUAUGGCGAAACAUGAAUUUAUAUCUACUGCUUAUAAACCAAUGGAUUUGAGAGUUUUAUAUAUUGACGAUAAAGAUGACAAUCCAAGCUCUGCAUUAUUAGAAGAAUUAUUAAGAUGCUUGAAAAAAUUUGUCUCUGAUGUUGCCACUGUUGGAGUCCAUUUCAAUUUAGCAGGCUCUCCAAUUUUGGUAUCUCAAUUCACUGCUCCAAUGAAAGUCUUUGAAGGUAGUGGUGGCCGUGGUGGCAGAGGUGGUCGUGGUGGCCGUGGUGGUCGAGGUGGUCGUGGCCGUGGUGGCUUCUCUCGUGCUCCACCUUCUUUUAGGCUGUCACCUGGUGAAGAAAAGAUUAACCAAUUAUUAUCAUCCAUUCCACCAAAUUCGUAUGUCCUGUAUGUUUUAUCUCGUGGUAACAAUGAUUCAGUUUAUAACAGAUUAAAAUAUGUGACAGACUUAAAAUAUGGUAUUCUAAACAAUUGUGUUGUUUGGAAUAAUUUCAGAAAAAAUUCCAUUCAGUACAAUGUUAAUGUUGCCAUGAAAAUUAAUUUGAAGAUGAAAGGUGUUAAUCAUUCCUUAGCUAAAGAUCACAUCAUUGAAUUGACUGAUAAUGAAGGAUUACCAUAUAUGAUUGUGGGUGCAGAUGUUACCCAUUAUCCUGAACUAGAUGAGAGAUCCAUUUCCUCUCUUGUUGCAUCGUUCGACGACAAAUAUGCUCAAUUCCCAGGUGAAUAUUUGAUGCAAGAUAAUGUUGGUGAAGAAAUGAUUACCAGAAUUGGUUCCUUGGCAUAUGGUAGAUUGAAAAAAUAUCAAGAGCAUAAUAACGGUAAACUGCCUAACUCUAUCUUAUUUUACAGAGAUGGGGUUUCUGAAGGUCAAUUUUCUCAGUUGGUACAAAUUGAAGUUAAAGGCUUGAAGGAAGGUUUAAGAAAAGCUGGUUCUCAAUUGUUGGGUGGUAAGAAAUACGAUCCUAAAUUAUCCACUAUUGCCGUCGUUAAGAGAAACCAAAUUAGAUUUAUGCCUCUACAAGAAAAUGCCGUCAAUGAGAAGGCUGAAAUAGCGGCUGUUCAAUCUAUGGGUAAUGUAAUGCCAGGUACUGUGGUUGAUCGUGGUGUUACUUCUAAUGCACAUUUUGAUUUUUUCUUGCAAUCUCAACAAGCUCUAAAAGGUACAGGUGUUCCAGGUCAUUAUUGGUGUGUAUAUGAUGAGAAUAUGUUAACAUCUGAUAAAUUACAGUCCAUAACUCACUCUCUAUGUUACAUCUUUGGCAGAUCAAGUACCAGUGUAAAGGUUGCCUCUCCAGUAUAUUACGCAGAUUUACUAUGUGACCGUGCCGCUAGAUUCUUUAAAGCAAACUAUGAUAUUGCUAAGAAUGAAUUUGACAAAAUUAAGAAGAACAGGGAUGACUGCCCUCCAUCUAACUUAUUAUUACCUCCACCUAAAGAUCAAGUUAAGAACGUUAUGUACUAUAUUUGA